AUGGCAGGAACGCGGCUCCAGAUCGUCGGCGCGUUCGCGCUGUUCGCGCUGCUGGCGGCGCCUGUGGCGUGGCACUUGACACGCGUCCAGCGUGUGGAUCUUCCCUUGUCACGUAUCCAGCAGCUGUCGUGGCAGACGUCGCGCUUUGGCGGUCCUGACCGCUUCCAGGUCCAUGUCUACAGCUUGAGCUCCUCGCCAACCAUAUCUUCGCUCGCUUCCAGCAGCUCCAAGAUCGAAUAUAUUACGCGUAACUUACAACUAGAUGCACAGAACAUCGAGACGCUGCAAGCAGCAGCGCGAUCGGGACUUCAGGCCACGGACGAUGCACUCGAGACGCUCGUGCCGACGCUGGACAAGCGCUUCCGUGUGUUUUUGCUUUGUGACGACGACAUGGCAAUGGGUUCGCUUCCGUUUCUAACGGUCGGGAAGUACCGUCACGCGUGGACUUUGCAGUGUCAAGUGGAGACGGGAGACGCUCUGCAUCGUGCCAUCGAGAAGCUGGUGCAGAGUCAUGUCUACGCGCAACUGGACGACAAGAAGAGCGGAAGGGAAGACGGAACGACGAUGACUGCUCGGAGAGCGCUGCAGUAUCGACUGCGGUUUUCUCUGCUGAAGGAAAACCCAACAACGCUGUGGAAUGAGGAGCUGCGGACGCUGGUGGAUUUGUAUAUGGGCCGAUUUGUGCAGAAAGUUGGCGCUGUGGCCAGCUUUGCAGUCGAAACAGAGGUGAUACAUUAUGCGAGACUAGCAAAAGAGAUCAAGCCAAGUAGUGAUGAAAAGGAGGGUUUCUACAUUGACGCUGAUGAUCUCAAGCAUUUCAAAAGCGCAAAUGACUAUCUGGACGCGUCAGUGCUGGACGAUCGAGAGCAAGUACUGCACUUUAUGGCGGCUCUUCCAGAUCCUGUACACGCUCCGUUGUGCAUUCGCCCGAGUGAUCUAGAGCAGAGCGAGCGUGGUCUAGCCACAUCAUUUGCGCUGCCACGGUGGGGCAUUGCCGUCAUCUUGAACCCGUUCGCAUUUAUGAUCGAUUCGAAUGAUGGCGACGUAUCGAGCGACGAUGCAGCUGCGUCCUCGUUGGCUAUCAAGAAUCGUGAGCUGCAGCGUGUCAUGGGCCUCUUCGUCUCGGAGUUUCGAAUCCUGCUUGGUAUUCCGUCGUUCUUGUAUCGGCAACGGGAAGAGGAUGCAGCAAGUGGCGGCAUCUCAAGACGGCAGCUGUUGUUCCUACCUUCUCCGGUCGAUGGUGUUGCUGACUGGGAGCUGGAUGUCGUCAUGAGGGAACGAUUUGCUACGCUCAUGAAGUCGGCAAUUGAGACGCUCCAGUCGACUGUAGAGCUCGUUGAAGCACUGCCGGAGCUCAGCGUCUUAGAGCGUGUACAAACGCGAGCGGAGAUGGCGGUGACAAGGCUGGAAGCUAUUCUGUGUGAUAGCAACCAAGAGCAGUCGCAAGACUGUGUGGAAGCGUCCGACCUCCACCGUCUGCUUGCAAUGGCUCGUCAAGCGUCCGAGAUGACGGAUGCUGCGUAUUACGACCACACGAUGAUCCGUCAGCUCUACUUUCCCCAAGAGCAAAUGCUGGGCGUCUAUGCUCCACUCGUGGCUCCUCUCGUCUUGCCGUUUCUACUGGGACUUGUGCGUGAACUGAAGCGCUACAAGGCGAAACGAGCAGCUACGAAGCUCAAGGUGCAGUAG